AUGUCUACAAGUUUAGCUUCAUCAAACAACGAUAAAGGGGGCGCUGAAAUUAUAAACGAAGCGAUCAAAUGGACUGCAGCUACAAGAAAAGAUAUGAUUGCAGCAGUUUUAAUGGAUCCAUCUCUUAUUGCUUUCAGAAGUAUUGCUCUUGACGUCCCAGAAGUUGAGAUUCGCAGAAAAUUAGAACAACAGUUAUGCGAAGGUUACAAACCACCAAGAUAA